AUGUUUGCUUUUUUUUGGAUCCGAACUUUAUCUGGAACAGAUUCUGUCAUGCACUGUGAUAGAAAUUUCUCUAUUAGUGGUGCUGGCACUAUUAAAAGGCCAUUUGCUGCCCUUCCUUUGCCUGGCUACACUUAUAAAUUUGCAGGAGAGCAAAAAAAUUACUAUACAGUAUUUGAAACACGUUCUAUAUUGAAUUUUUCUAAUGUUGUUGGCGAAAUUAACUAUAAUUUGCAUCUAGAUAGACAACCGAUUAAUAUUACAUCCGAAGAUAUAGCUUUUUAUAACAAAUUACGUGAAGAGCAAGCGUUCUUUGACUUCUAUGUAGACGGAAAGAAGACAUCUGUUCAGUUAUUCCAAUCAAAACCACAUUCAAAUCAAAUGUUCUAUCAAUUUGCAGUAAAUAUCUACGAAAACCCAUACAAAUGCUACAACUAUAACUUCCAAGUUGUUCCAACUAAAGCAGAUCUAAUUGAUUCAAUGGCUACACGAAAUAUCAGUUUCUUUUUCAAUUUCUUACCUUUAAUUCCUCCAAUACAGUCCAAGCAACUCUCAUUCGACAUCAAAUACUUAAUAAUCGGAAUUUCGAUUACAAUAAUUUUGAUAAUUACAAUGAUUGUCCAGACAUUAAUGCUCAGACACAACAGUUCUAUACCUCACAAAGAGAUCUGGAGGCUUUCCAAGAACAUGAAUCGUACAAUUAUUUCAGUAAUUUUAGGAUUGUACAUAAUUCUAUGGUAUGUGUUUGCUUGCAUCGGCCGAAACUACAAGAAAUCAAUUUCCGACUUCUUCUUACAGACAUUCAUCAUUACUUUUAUUAUUCCUGUUUUUCUUGGUGGAAUAUUAUCACUUUUUAUCGGCGUAGACAUCUCUAUCCUUCAUCUGUACCUUACUGUUAUCUUUGGUAUCCUUGUUCCUUUCUUACUUACUACAAUUUUCGCAGGAGGAAACCGCGGAUUACCAUUAUUCCAAAAUUUUGUAUGGUUUAUUGUUAUUUCCUUCAGUUGUUUCCUUGUUUGCAACAACACAUUCAUCACUAGUCUUGUUGUUAGGCUCAAAUACACAGCAGAUACAGAAAGAGGCGAAAUUAAAGAAAAACAAGCACCAACACCAAGUUGGAAAUACGCUCUCGACGCAGGAUACAUUGCAGCAAUAUCAUAUGCAGCAUUUCCAUGCAUCAAAUACCUCGUGGAUGCUUCAAUUGUCACUCAAGAGAUAAAUCCAAUCAUGAUAUUCGCUUGUAUUUUGUCUGUUUGCGGAGUUUCUGGUUUAUUUGGAAUAUUUACGUCAUCAUUAUAUAUAAGGCGCCAUAAUUUGCCAUGGAUGGGUUCUGUUUUCGGAAGAGGUGUCGCUGCUGCUGUUUUUGUUUCAGUUAUUUGUUUGCUUUAUUCUAUUCCUCAAGUUUCUGGAACUUCUUCCUAUCUUUAUUUCACUUUUGGUGCUUAUUUCGCAGGGUUGUGUGUUUUUGCUGUUGGAAACUUCGCUUCUUUCAUAGCUUCAACUGUUGUGUUGGAAAUUGCUUUCACUCAACAAAAAAUUGUUUAA